UCAAGCUAAAGGCAGUUGUUGGGUUACUAACAGGACCCAGCGCCUUGCAAACAUAUGCGCUAAGCUGUGUAUACAGAUGGCAGGCAGAAUAAUGGAGCAGGCGCCUUUUAUAAAGCUCUGGCUGCUGCCUGUCUUCAGACCUGGGAAAUGAAACUAUUCAGACUCGCGGCCAGAUAGCGCCUGCGAUUGUUUGUUACCGUUUUAAUCCUAUUAAUUAAAACGUUAACCUGAUUGGGUAGAAAGCGCUGUCCCAACAGGCGAGUCUUCUUCAUAAUAACCUACUCAGAGAUAAUGAUGUAAAAGACUCCCCCGUCUGUGGCGGCGGCUGGUUGAUGGGUCCGGAAAUCUCUUGAAGGUGAAUCCAAGCAAGAUAAACGGUGCGGAGAGGAGGCGCGGGGCUGGACUCAGAGCGGCGCGAGGCGGCGGCAGCGGCUCCACUCCCUCCGCGACCACCCUCCCACCAUGAGGGGCCGCGGCCCAUGGUGAGCCCCAGCAGCCAGCACCGUCGGCUGGAGACGAAGAAAAAGAAGAAGAGGAGGAGGCGAGCGCGGGGGAAGGCGAAAAAGAAAAAGAAAGAAGGGGACAGGGCUGCGGGCAGCGAGGGGACCGACGCGCGCAGCAGCUCCGGAGCCCGGCUGGCGCGCGUCUGUGCGACCGCCUGACUCCCAAGCCCAGGCGGUGGCCAGCCCGGGCUGCGCGGCGGGUCAUGGCAAUGGAGCGCGGGCUGCACCUCGGCGCGGCGACCGCGAGUGACGACGACCUCUUCCUGCACAAGAGCCUGGGCGCCUCCACCGCCAAGCGCCUGGAGGCGGCUUUCCGCUCCACGCCCCCAGGCAUGGACGUGUCCCUGGCGCCGCCGCCUCGCGAACGCCCGGCGUCCUCGUCCUCGUCGCCCCUAGGCUGCUUCGAGCCGGCUGACCCCGAAGGGGCCGGGCUGCUGUUGCCGCCGCCCGGAGGAGGAGGCAGCGCGGGCGGCGGCGGCGGCGGGGUGAGUGUCCCUGGGCUGCUCGUGGGCUCAGCGGGCGUGGGGGGCGACCCGAGCCUGAACAGCCUGCCGGCAGGGGCUGCCCUGUGCCUCAAGUACGGCGAGAGCGCGAGCCGCGGCUCGGUGGCCGAGAGCAGCGGCGGCGAGCAGAGCCCCGACGACGACAGCGACAGCCGCUGCGAGCUGGUGCUGCGAGCCGGGGGCGCCGACCCGCGGGCAUCCCCGGGAGCGGGGGGCGGCGGCGCCAAGGUGGUGGAGGGCUGCUCCAACGCCCACCUGCACGGCGGCGCGGGCCUCCCCCCGGGGGGCCCUACGGGUGGCGGCGGCGGAAACGUCGGCGGCGGUGGCGGCGGCAGCAGUAGCAAGAAAUCCAAAGAGCAAAAGGCGCUGCGCCUCAAUAUCAACGCCCGCGAGCGCCGGAGGAUGCACGACCUGAACGAUGCUCUGGACGAGCUGCGCGCGGUCAUCCCUUACGCGCACAGCCCUUCGGUGCGGAAGCUCUCCAAGAUCGCUACCCUGCUCCUCGCCAAGAACUACAUCCUCAUGCAGGCUCAGGCCCUGGAGGAGAUGCGGCGCCUAGUCGCCUACCUCAACCAAGGCCAGGCCAUCUCAGCCGCCUCUCUGCCCAGCUCAGCGGCCGCUGCAGCGGCGGCCGCUGCCUUGCACCCUGCGCUUGGCGCCUAUGAGCAGGCGGCCGGCUACCCGUUCAGCGCCGGGCUACCCCCGGCUGCCUCCUGCCCCGAAAAGUGCGCCCUAUUCAACAGCGUCUCUUCCAGCCUCUGCAAACAGUGCACGGAGAAGCCUUAAACAUUCCCUCCCUCGGAAGCCUCGAGACCGACCCCAAAGCUAGAGGAAAGCGAGAUGCUGCUCCCCACCCCUUUUAUUUUGUUCCUCUCCUAGUUGCGAAACACUGGCAGGGCAAACAAAGCAGAGGCAGGAACUGAGCAGUAACUGAGACAAACCGGACUUUCAGCCUUGGCUCGGCCCCGAAUCUCGGUCUUUGGGGUGGGGAGGGAGGGGAGAGGGAUGUUGAGUAGGGAUGGAGUGCGGAUGUCUCUUUUUCCCUCAGAAAAGUGGCAACGUUGGUGGUAACCUAGACUUCGAGGAAGUGCAGUCUUCCUUGAAGGUUAAAAAAUACUUUGAAAACUAGUAGUGCUUGUUUAUUAGACGUGAAAAGUAUUGAAUGGCAAAAUACUAAUCCUACUAAUAGCUGAGAAUUUGGCUAGUACUGAAGGGGAGAGGAGUCCCGGGUUUAAAGGUGUGAAAGGGACAGGAUAUUCAUUCAGACAAAUCAGAAAGGGCACUUGAAAAUAACUUCUGAUUCUGAGCCAGGAGAAAAACUUGAAAUGCAGGCUUAACUGAAGGGGGAAAGCAGAGAGAGAGAGAGAGAGAGAGAGAGAGAGACACGUUGCUAUAAAGGACUUGUAUUUUUUAUCGUCUCUGAACUUAAAAAUCCUGUGAAAAUGCUCAAAGUUUUGGUGAGAGUGAUAUAAAAAGCAGGCUGUGGCUGAAAGAAUUGCUUUUAAAAUAUUUAUGUGCACCUUGUUACUUUUUACUCUGCAAUGAUGUAUUAACAAUUCAUGGUAUUUAUUUGUUAUUCUUCAAUGAUCCACAUCAUCAGUAUUUAUUACGUGUUAAGGUUUUGGGUCUUAUGUGAAGAUUUUUUUCUUGAUGCUUCUAAAAUUCUGUUUUAUAUAUUAACUUACACUGUGUGCCAAGUGUUGAAAGGUUUAUUGCCAACAAGUAAGAAGAGAAAUAUUGAUGUAUUUGAGCUGCUUAGGUUUUUAAAAAGUCACCUGGAUAUUUUCAGUUGCAUCAUCCCUGUGUUUAAAUUGAGCUUUAAUAAAUUGCUUCAGUCCAAAAAUUACAGGAAAGGUGUAUUCUUAAUUAAUGAAUGAAUUGAUUUCUUUUUCAAAAGGGGAUCUAUUUGCAUUCCAAAAGGGAAAAAUCACAGCAAUAGAUCUUAUAAGUAAGAACAUGCUGGGCAAAUAUAUUUUCCAGGUUGUGCCGUGCAUUUUAAAAGGUCUAAUUUAAUUGCUUUUACUAUAGAUGUACAUAUAUAAGUUAUUAUAACUGUGAAGACUUAUUAUGUUAAAAGACUGCUUUGAUUUGCUUAUGGUGUGAAAUCAUUUGUUAUUUUUCUAAAAAAAAUAUAAAACUUUAAAUGAAAUGACAUAAAGCUAAGGAAGAGCAAGAAGCUGUGUACCCAAAGCAAGCUUUCAGUUUAGUUUGCAUGGCUAGCUGCCUGCCUUUUGUCCUAUGAAAAAUCCAGAAAAACCUCUUAAGAAAUGGGGUCUUGCUGUUCUCCACUCCUUACAGAUAAUACAAAUUCAGUUUGUCAGGUUGGAUGAUGAUUUCAGAGCUGUGAUGGAUCUGUCGGUGGGGUUUGGCUGUAUAAAGAAUUAAAUAUAUAUAUAUAUCUAUUAAAUAGGUCAAGCAGACUAUGACAGUUAUGUACGACCAUUUGUAUGUGUAUCUAUGUCAGAAAGAAUCUUUAUUAAAAUAUUUUGAUCAAA